AUGUCUGUUACCAAUGCUGAACAAGAAUUUAGUGGUAAAUAUAGUUCGUAUACAGUCCAGGAUCGCCAAGGUCUCGUCAAUGCCGUGACGUGCGUUCUUGGAUCGUCGUCCGAACCCGUAGCCGUGUCGACCGACUAUUCCAAUAAUCUGAGCAUUGCCAGAGAGGUCAACGCGUAUGCCAAGAUUGCCGGGCGUGAUUGGACCUACUAUGUGCAGAAAUUGGAAGUUACCAUCGGCAGGAACACAGACAGCUUGAGCUUAAACGCACACCCAGACGCGGUUGUCCAGAAAAACAUAGACAUUGAUUUAGGUCCUGCCAAGAUCGUGUCCAGAAAGCAUGCUGCCAUCAGAUUUAACUUGGAAAGCGGAUCGUGGGAGCUUCAGAUAUUUGGUAGAAAUGGUGCGAAGGUCAAUUUUAGAAGGAUCCCCACAGGUCCGGACUCUCCCCCCACGGUGCUACAAUCAGGAUGUAUUAUCGAUAUUGGUGGUGUUCAGAUGAUCUUUAUAUUACCGGAACAAGAGACUAUUAUACCAGAUUAUUGCCUUAAUCAUCUCAUGCCCAAAUUGCUAUCAACCUAUGGCACAAAUGGCAAUAACAAUCCGUUGUUGCGCAACGUCAUUGAAGGCUCCACCUAUUUGAGAGAGCAAAGAUUGCAAGAAGAGGCUCGAUUACAAAGAUUGGACCACUUGCACACUCCAUUGUCGUCGUCAUCAGAAGUAAACGCAUUAGGCGACCCUCAUGGAGACACGAUUAUGAUGGAAGACGAAGAUGAUGAUGAGAACGAAACAAGAGAGGGCAUCCGACCAAAUACCUACUCGGCCAGUAACAGCAAUGUUAUCAACAACAAUAUCAUGCCUCAUAUAGACAACCCUUCAGACUUGUCACUAGAUGAAAAUAGAUACGUUAAACCUCCACAGUCAUAUGCCUCGAUGAUCACCCAAGCCAUUCUUUCCACACCAGAUGGCAGCAUUUCAUUAGCAGAUAUUUACAAAUUUAUCUCUGACAACUACUCAUUUUAUAGGUUUUCUCAAAUGGCAUGGCAAAAUUCUGUGAGACAUAACUUAUCCUUAAAUAAAGCCUUCGAAAAGGUACCCAAGAGAGCUGGCCAACAGGGUAAAGGGAUGAACUGGAAGAUCAGCGAUGAGAUCAGACAAGAUUUCUUGAACAAAUGGAACGCCGGUAAGUUAAGCAAGAUCAGACGUGGUGCAUCAGUAACAAGACAAUUACAAUUACACAUGUCCAAAUUUGGAGAGAUACCAGCCCCCGAAUCUUCACUUACAGCUACAAGGGAGAUAAAGGCGCAGAAGGUGAAGCGACCUUCCCAAAACACAAGACCAGUUUUACAAGAGACUACCCCACAAUUGCAAGAAACCCAAUUGACUAGUCAAAUGCCGUCCAAGAUGUCGAUGAACAUAGCCACAAAUGCCAACGUGAAUAAUGGUUCUCUCUGA